AUGCCGGGGCGUUCAACUACAAAAGCUAUUCAUCGGGUAAGGAGGUUGGUGGAGCAGUAUAGGGAUAAGAAGACUGACUUGCACAUGGUUUUUGUCGACCUUGAGAAAGCUUACGACAAAGUCCCAAGAGAGGUGUUGUGGAGAUGUCUGGAAGCUAGAGGUGUUCCUGUGGCAUACAUUAGAGCGAUUAAGGACAUGUAUGAUGGAGCCAAAACUCGGGUGAGGACGGUUGGAGGUAACUCGGAACACUUUCCAGUCACGAUAGGCCUGCACCAGGGGUCCGCGCUUAGCCCGUUUCUGUUUGUUGUGGCUAUGGACGCUCUGACAAGCCACAUUCAAGGAGUGGUACCGUGGUGCAUGUUGUUUGCAGAUGACAUUAUGCUUAUUGACGAGUCGCGGAGCGGUGUUAACGCGAGACUGGAGGUUUGGCGACAGACUCUAGAGUCGAAGGGUUUCAAGUUGAGCAGGACUAAGACAAAGUACUUAGAGUGCAAUUUCAGUAAUGGGAGUCAAGUAGAGGAUGAGGUCGUGCAGCUGGAUACUCAGGUCAUCCCGAAGAAAGAGAGUUUCAAGUACCUGAGGUCGAUCAUCCAAGGGACUGGCGAGAUUGACGACGAUGUCACACAUCGUAUUGGAGCGGGAUGGAUGAAAUGGAAGCUCGCAUUGGGGGUCUUGUAUGAUAAGAAGGUGCCGCCUAUUCUAAAGGGAAAGUUCUACAAAGCGGUGGUUAGACCGGCUAUGUUAUAUGGGACGGAAUGCUGGCCAGUUAAGAAAGCGCAUGUCCAGAAGAUGAAGGCUGCCGCUGGUGUUACUACUCCGGGCGGAGGUUCGCAGACUAGAGUUGGGGUGCAGACCCCUGAGCAGAGACCUACUCAUGUAGCACACCCCGCUACAGCUAUGGCUCCUCAAAUUGAUGUAGUGCCAGCCCCGGGGGAUGAUCUCAGACCUGUGGCCACCCUGUUAUGA